UUUCCUGCCUCGAUCGUACAAUGAUGUCCCAAAGGCCAAGUGGACAAUUCAUCGUCUACGGCUGCUUCUUCAUUUUUUUACUUUGCAUCUUCACUUCAAUCAACGAGUUUCGUUUUGAGAGUCUCUCCAAGUUUUGUAGAAUACCCUUCCCGCUAUGUUACACAACACGGUCGAAUUCUUCCAACAUUGAGAAUUCCUCAUCCAAUGACAUCCGAAUCUUUAUGGGAGUCAUAACACUUCCAGCUAAAUAUGGGCGCCGCCAGCUCCUCCGCCUCCUGUACGGCACACAAUCUCCAGUGGGCGCAAAAAUCGAUGUGAAGUUUGUGUUUUGCAACCUGGGGGAAGACAACAAGAGCCUAACGGAGGACCAAAAACUUUUGGUUGCCCUAGAAAUAAUGCGCUACGAUGAUAUCAUAAUACUCAACUGCACAGAGAGCAGAUGGGAGACCGACCACAAGUCUUAUGCGUACUAUACAGCCUUACCGGAUAUGCUAAAUAGCUCUGAUGGUUCAGAUGAUCCUCCGUAUCAUUACGUAGCAAAAGCAGACGAUGACAUCUAUUUUAGGUUGCAACCCCUAGUGGAUUCAUUGGUAAACCAGCCUAGAGAAGACUUUUACUAUGGGUUUGUCAUUCCAUGCGAACGAAUGGACCCUUAUAAGAGACAUAGUUUCAUGUCCGGGAUGGGUUAUUUCAUCUCUUGGGAUAUAGUGGAUUGGAUUAAGAGUUCUGAUAUCCCGAAAAAGUUACCAAUGCAUGGGGCAGAAGAUAAGGUUAUGGGCCGAUGGCUCGAAGAUGGCCGUCGGGGGAAAAAUCGGUAUAAUGCCAAGUGGGCAAUCUACAAUUAUCCAGGGUCGCCAACGAAGUGUGCGCAUGAGUUGGUGCCGGAUACGAUCGCCGUUCACAAUCUGAAGUCAGAAAAGCAGUGGAUUCAUACGAUGACUUAUUUUAAUGUCACUCAAAAUUUGAAACCAUCCAAAUUUUACAGUAUCUGAGCUAGGCCUUAAUUAAUUUGAAACCAUUCAUACCUUAAUGUCGUGGGACCGGGAUUCAAUUGAGCCAGCUUUAGGAAAAAUUAUUUGAUAUCUCAGGCCCCUUUAAUUUUACACCGGCACACCUUGUGUUGGGGCCAAGACAGAGUUUAUGAGCUCCACCGUACCACGAUAUUUUGUGAAAAAAAGGGGCUAGCUGUGGGAGGGGGCAUGCAUGCACGCACUCAAUAAUAUUCACUCUUUGUUCUCUUUCUUUUCUUUCAACUCUAUUUUUCUUUGAGAGGUUCUAAUUAAUUAAGUUG